UUUAGAACCUUCGAUCGGGGAGGUGGUAUUUCAUUUGAAAGCAUAACGAGAAGAAACUCGAUUCAAAAUCGUAAAACGAAAGAAACAAUUCGCAUAUGAAAUUUGAUUUAUAAAUAUCUAUAUCCGAUCAAAGGAAUAAAUCUCCGGCGAUAAUCCGUCAAAUUACUUCCACAUCCAUUGAUUUCUUCCUUUAUUGGCCAAUUCGUGAAUGGAAGCGAUCAGGAAACAAGCAACGAAGCUCCGGGAACAGGUUGCCAGACAACAACAGGCGGUUUUCAAGCAGUUUGGUGGUGGAGGUUAUGGAGGUUCAGAUAACGUGGUAACAGAUGAAGCAGAACUCAUGCUUCACCAGAAACUUGAAAGACUAUACAUAUCCACACGUGCUGCUAAGCAUUUUCAAAGAGACAUUGUUCGUGGUGUUGAAGGAUACAUAGUUACGGGUUCCAAACAAGUUGAAAUAGGCAAUAAAUUAUCAGAAGAUAGCAGAAAAUAUGGUAUUGAGAAUACAUGCACUAGUGGGAAUACACUAUCAAGAGCUGCAGUCAAUUUUUCACGAGCCCGUGCACAAAUGGAAAAGGAACGAGGAAAUCUACUCAAAUCUUUUGGGACCCAGGUUGCAGAGCCAUUAAGAGCAAUGGUAAUGGGAGCUCCUCUUGAAGAUGCUCGACAUCUUGCUCAACGUUAUGACAGAAUGCGACAAGAGGCUGAAGCACAGGUGAUUGAAGUUUCAAAACGACAAACAAAAGUGAUGGAAGGAACUGGGAAUCCAGAAUUAUUUGCAAGACUUGAAGCAGCCGAAUCAAAAUUACAAGAUUUGAAGUCCAACAUGUCAAUAUUGGGAAAGGAAGCUGCAUCAGCAAUGGCUGCAGUUGAAUCUCAGCAGCAAAAUAUGACACUACAGAGACUUAUUUCCAUGAUUGAAUCGGAGCGUGCUUAUCAUGAGAAGGUUAUUCAGAUUCUUGAUCAUCUUGAAGGAGAGAUGGUAUCAGAGCGCCAACGAAUUGAAGCAGCUCCUCCUACUCCAACAAUGGAAACACCUCCUCCUCCAUUUUCACCUCCAUCAUAUGAAGAAAUCAAUAACAACACAUCUCCUUCUCCAAUGCAAAAUGGUUCAAAUGAUGGGGGGAAUUACUUUUUAGGAGAGGCAAUGUUCUCGUAUGAUGCAGAGUCUGAUGUGGAGCUCAAUUUAUCAUCGGGUGAUUUUGUCGUUAUCAGAAAGGUGUCAAACAAUGGUUGGGCUGAAGGUGAAUGCAAAGGGAAAGCAGGUUGGUUUCCUGUUGAAUAUGUGGAAAGACGAGAGCGUGUUCUUGCAAGCAAGGUUACCCAAGUCUACUAGAGUAUGUAUCUACCUACCUUCAUCUUAAUGUAUGUAUUUUUGGCCUUUGUUUUUCUAGUUUAUACAUUUUUUUGCAUGUAUUCUUUCUUCGUUCUUAUGUUUUUCAUCAUAUAUGGUCAAUUAUGAUACGUGUGACUCAUUUUGUAUUGAUACGGUUUUACUUUGAAUUGUGUUUUGGCUGUUGAUGAU